AUGGUUCUAGGUCAUGAAGGAGUUGGUGUCGUCAAAGCCAUCGGCAAGUCAGUCAAAGGAAUGAAUAUCUGUAUGACUUGUUGUGAAUGUGAAAGAGGGGAACAGUUGUACUGUAGCCAAAGACAGCUCUAUGGUGAGAUGCACCUAGACCAGGGCUCAUUAGCAUCCCACGCUGUGUGGAAUGAGGCCUUUCUAUUUCUUGUCCCUGACUCGUUCCCAUCGGCCGAAGCGGCUCCAUUGAUGUGUGCUGGUGCGGCCGUCUACUCUGCUCUAAAUGGUGCCCGCGUUCGUUGGAGUGACCGUGUAGGCGUCCUGGGAGUGGGCGGCCUCGGCCACCUGGCAAUACAGUUUGCCGCGAAAAUGGGCUGUCAGGUUGUUGCCCUAUCUCAUACUCGAAACAAGGAAGCAGAUGCUAUUCCGGGUCGGAUAAGCCCCGAGCCUGUAGACUGCCUGCUCUUAACCGGAGCGCAGCAGCCGGAUUGGGGCAAAAUAAUUACCUUGGUUCGCCGCGGGGGCGUUAUUGUUGCUAUGACGGUUGAUCCAGGGAGUUUGCGAAUGCCAUACAUGGAUCUGGUUAUGAACGCAAUCUCCAUACGGGGCAGUCUCUCGGCCCCGCCAGCGCUUCACAGAGAGAUGCUUCAGUUUGCAUCAUUUCAUAAGGUGAAACCUUUGAUUGAGACUUUCACAUUCAUGGAACAAAGAAUUAAUGACGCUAUGGAGAAGCUUCGCCAGGGAAAGAUGAGGUAUCGCGGGGUCAUUGCUUGUGAAUAUAAGCCAGAAACUACACAAGUUUAA